AUUUGCUAGUAUCCGUGUCAGUCAAAAACUUAGGAAGUAAAAGAAAAAAAAAAAAAAAACAAAAAUUGUCAAACUUAAUGACACAAAAGCUUUUCAUUUUUACCCCUUCAACGGCUCUUUAGAAUGGAUUUGAGUUUAAAAGGAUCACAGAUAAAUUUAGUCUCAAGGCAUAAGCCUAAAGCAUUGAAUGUUAAAUAUACGCCAGCUCUGCAACGUCCCGGUUCGGCCUCGGUAUUUCGGCGAGGACGUACGUCUCCAUUUUUGAAGCGACCACAAUCGGCCGAUGCAAAAUAUUCAAGGUGCUUCGGUGGGAACUACAUUGAAGGGGAGUGCAGUGGAAAAUUAGUUCGAAAUAAACGUUAUUUAUCAGUUUCUUCAUCGAAUCUUUUAAAAAUACUCUUGGAUGAGCCAAUAAAACGUUCCUGGUUGUGCCGAGACCAAUCAGAUGACCAGCAUUCGGAAGCCAGCACUUCAAGAAAGAGUUGCAGCAUUAACAAUUUAAACAGGUCGCGUAAGGACUCACUCGAUAUUAGUAGCCAGGAAGGGGAUACGAUUUCGACAAGGUCUUCCAGCCAACAGCUUCAACAGAGAAUGAACCCUUCUUCCUCGCUUACCAAUAUUUGUAAGGAGAAACCGGGUCAGGCAGCUGAUUUUUGGCACACAAAGAAGCCCGAUCUUCCUGGAAGAGUUUCAUUCAGUAAAGCUUCUGAUAACGCAUUAAACGUUGACUUUUUCAGUGAUUGUGAAAACGAUAAGCAAUCCUUUUACGGUUCCAAAAAGUCGGUACAUUUUGGAGCAAGCAGCGAAGUUCAAGCGGAAACAUUUGAAUAUCCAAAGUGUCCUUCGGAUAACUGUUCCUGCAGCACUAGAAGCUCGUCCACUGCCAGCAUUCAUGAUUCACCUAAAAAAUGUGAAUAUCCAGACCAGUCAUCGUGUUCGACAUCUGCCGAAAAGUCCCAAAAUCAGGAAAGUGAAAGCGAUGUGAUUCGUCAGUAUAAACACGUCAUUGGGGAACAAUCUUCUGAAUGUUCUUCUAUAGUUAAGAAUAUUCUUCAAGAUCUAGAACCAAAGCGCUGUCAGCUUAAUAACAUGGAACCAUUGCCGUCAAUUGGUCAUUAUGUUCGUCUCGAGAAGCAGAAUAAUUUUUCAGAUGUAAAUAGUAAGAACUCAACGGUUGAGAUGUACAGGCAGACAAAACGCAAUCUUGUUCUACCAAGUACUACUACUCCAGAUGCACCCUCAAGUGAGUCAGUUAUCAACAACUACUUGAAAGUUACUGCCAGCCCGAUUGUGACAACAAAAAAACGCUCAAAUAAUAGACCAUCCUCAGCUUCAAAGGAGCGGAGAUCCAAAUCUGCACCAGGAACCGAAAAGAGACUUUCAAGUCAAAUCGUGAAGAAUAAAAGAGUUGUGGGACCAUAUCGGGAAGAUUCAAAUCUAGAUGAGUUCCAAUUGGAUAAAGUCGAUAGCUGGAUGUCGGCGCAAGUGUCUGAAGACCGGGUGGUCAGAAGUGAUCUUGAGAAGUUUUCCAAAGAUAGUAUUGAUGGAGAUGAAGAGUCCUCAAUGCAGGACAGUUCACAGAGUUCAAAAUCAGAUGAAAACUCACAAGAUGAUUCGACUUAUGAAGAAAUUGUUUCGGUAAUCAAGGAAAUUGAAGAGGACAAGAAAAAGGAUAACCUUGCGGAAAAGUCAGUUGACAGCGAUCUGAAAUUAAAUGCUAUUUCUCAACAUGACCAUGAAGAAGCUGAACAAUCAACAUCAUCCAAUAAUGCAAAGUCUCCAGAUAAAUACAGAGACAUUUUAAGUUACCUUGAUGAUGUGGAAAACAGCUGUGACAAAACUCUCCUAGAGACCCGAAGGUCCAUCCCCGAAUCAAAUCGCUCGGAAAUCGAAUUCGUUGUAGAACCAGACAUAGCUGAAGAUGUACCCAAGCUUUCAGAUCUUUUGAUGCUUCCAAAUCACCAAUUAGCCCGUCGUGUUAUUGGUCUAAGUCUACGUGCCAAUGAACUUGCCAAUGCUAUGCUCCUUUCAAAGGAACAUAUUAUAAAAAUUCGAAACGAAAAACAAAAGGGAAUUCGUAGUGAGAAGCAGAACACAGCAAAUCGUUUGCGUGAACAAAAGAAACAUUUUGAAGGAAUAGUUGCACGUCACCAGGGUUUUAUUGAACAGCUACUCAAAGAUAAAGGUUCAUUAUGUGAGAAAGUUGCUGCACUUACUCGACGACUUGAGAGCCAAAAUCAAGCAUGGGAACAUAAAUUGGAAACUGAAGUGGCUCGCGUCAAAGAGACAACUCUUGCUGGGGAAAAAAUUCGCCGUGAGCGAUGGGUACGGGACAAUACAAAGAAGAUUAAGGAACUCACAGUCAAGGGCUUGGAAAUGGAAAUUAACAAAAUGACUUGCGACCAUCAGCGAGAAAUUACGGAAUUGAAGAGAGCACAUCAGCAGCAACUAUUAGAUGCGGUAGAUGAAGCUCGAAUCAAACAUGAUCAUAUUGAAAAUACCAUUCGAGAGACUUGUGCUCAAGACCGUGAAGCAAUUAUUGAGAAAGAACGUGCCGCAAUAAGAGAUAGAUAUGAGAGACAGCUUCAAGAAGAACGAACAAACUUUGAUGAACAAAAGGCAAAGCUAUGUGAAGAGUUUGCAUCUGAACGUGAACGGUAUGAAGCUGAUUUAAAGGAUAAAGAAAAUGAGAUGCAACGAAAAAAACUUGAAAUGCAGCGUGAGAAGGAAGAUGCAGUAGAAAAUGCCACAAGUGAAUUGAUUGAAAAAAUGUCCAAAAUUGAAGAAAAAUAUCAGAAUCGAGUCAACUCCAUUGAAAAGCAAUACGAGACGGAUUUUGAAAUUUGGAAAAAGGAAUACGAAAAUGAUGCCAAAAUGCGUCAAGUUGAGAGUGAAAACGCUAUUCGUCAGCAUUAUCGAAAUGAAAGGGAUCGCCAAAUUGACGCCAUUGUCACACGAAUGGAUAAUGAAGCCCUCAAGAACCAGGAAGAAUUUGAAGCCAAAAUGGAUCGUCUGAAGGAGAAGUACGAAAAGGACAUUCAUCAAGCGGAAUCAGUAGAAAGGACCUUACGAGAAAAAUUCAAUGAGACAAGAACCCGCCUGGCGGAAUCCGAUGCUCAACUUCGAAAUAGCCAAGCAGAGCUAAAACAACUGCACAUUGAACUAGACCAUAGCAAGAAGAUGUGUAAUGAGUUCCUUACAGAACGAGAACAGCUACGGGACAAUAUUCGUUCCGAAAUUGCAACUGAAGUGGCCAGCAUCAAAUCGGAGCGAGAUAAUGAGAUUCAAAAGAUACACAAAAGAGUUCAACAAGCCAUCGAAAAGAAGGACACAACAAUUGAAUUACUACAAAAGGAAAACGGUGCGCUGCGAGAAAGAUGCAUCAAGCUGGAGGCAAUUAUACGCCAGCAAAGGAAGGACUAUUGUGUUAAAUGAAAAAUUUCCUUUUCCCCUUGCUGGUGGUCUUGGUGUUGGCAGAAUGGAUUGUUACUAUGACCUCCACGAAUGUCAGAGAUUUUUAAUUUAAGUAUUUUUCAUUUUAUUUUUCUGUUUUUCUUUGUUUUACUUUGCUGCUAAAAAAAUCACGGAUUUUUAUUAAAAAAUAAUUGCAAAUAAAAAUAAUUAAAAAUUAAAACUUUAUCUUUUUGAGAAAAAGAGUUGA